ACUCUUUCCUGAUACGUACAGACAGACGUAGUAGUACUAUCUUAGCUAGCCUACACCCAAAGAAAGAAAGAAAAGAAGAAAUUAAAAGCAAAUCACCAUCAACCAGAUGCGGCCGGGGAGGGAGCUGGCUCAGCGCAAGCAAUCGACCCAAGCAGGAACUCCACCGGCCGAGCACAGCGACUGAACCCUGCGGCCACCUCCGAUCCGGGCGUUGUCCCAUCGAUCUAGGCAUGCUUCACACGGACGCCGCGGUGCGGUGCGGUCACACCACCACACCACACGUAGGGCGGUGAGACGUGAACAGGCGGCAUCAUGGGAGCGGCAAAGCUCACGGGCGGCCUGUGCGGCGCGCGCGCGCCUGGUCCCCGGCCACGCUCGCUCUGCCAUAAGGAUCCCACCCCGCGCACACUGGCAUGGCAUACUGCAGCGCUCUGCAUCCCGAUCCAGACACAGACACACAGACACAGAGCUUUUGGCUGCUCCUGCUCGGCUGCUCCCAUGGGGCUCUGCCUGUCCGUGGCCCUGUGGAAGGACAAGGCCUACGCCCGCCGCCGGGCCGUGCGGCGAGGCCAGCAGGAGGCCGUCGACGUCGAUGUGAUGGUGCGUGGCGGCGGCGGCAGCAGCUCUGUCUACGGGCUUCUGGCAGGUGGAGUGCCGGAGGCGGAGGAACCCGUGGCCGUGGCGGCGCCGAGGGCUUCGGGCGCGCUGGGCACGCCGGGGCGGCCGAUAUGGCAGAGGAGGGUGCUGAUGGGCGUCAAGUGCCGGCUGCCGAAGUUCAGCGGCAUGAUCCUGUACGACGAGCGCGGCCGGCCGGUGGGCGGCGGCGUCCGGGACAGAGCUCGUGACCAGGAGAAGCACGCCGCUGCCAUUGAUAACAUCCUGAGGGACCUGCACUGGUCCAGCCGGUCGCCGGCGGGCAGCUUAAUUCCAGCGUCGGCCCGGUCCAGUUGAACACCGCUCUGUCCUUUCCAGUUUGUUAGGCCCAUAUCAAGAAGAAGAAAGCUCAGAAAUUUCCUGUUUGCAAGCCUCAUUGUUUUGGGAAUAGCCAGCUAGAGCUGUGCCUACGCUAAAUUCUGCCCAAUUCUGGGGGUUCUCAAUGUGACACCAACCAAUGAAAUGGAGGAGAGAUCAGAGGGCCAUGAAUGUAGCAUUAACUAGUUGAAUACUCUUAUAUUUGGAUAAUGGGACAACUUUAUUCGUAGAGA